UUGCCUUUCUUCAAGAAAAAUAAACAGCCUUUUUUCACAGCCGGAUUACUCACUUGAUUAUUCUCAAUAAUUGUUGUUCAAUCUUUGCCAGAGCUCCAAUCAAUUGUAUCGUGUAGUGCCAAAUUAUUUUUUUAAAUAAUUAGCAUACCUAUUAACGGAAAAGUGUUUGUGUUUAUACAUGGAUACUGUUGAUACUUUUGUUUUCUACCUGUGAUAGUAAGUAGAUUAAAUUACUGAGUAUCUACUUAAGUGGGAUUAAGACAAUCAACUUUUUCUGUGCAUGUAGUUUGUUGCAGAAGGAGGAAGAGUUUCCAAGCACAAUGCUGAAGUAUUACCUUAUUGGUUUAUAUUCUGUUACGUUGGUAUUUAUUUGUCAUGGAUGGAACGAACACCCCGACAAUACAAGAGGUUGUAAACGUUAUGAAGACCCAGAACUGUGCAGUAUAUUCCCAAUGAAAAAAAUCAACUGGAAAGAAAUCAACAAAACCAUAAUAUUUGUACAAAAUAUAUACAUCAGGAUGGAAACUAGGGAGAAAAUCUUGGGUUACGCUGACAUCAAGAUAGAAACCGGAACGCCAUCUCACGGUCUCUUCGUCGAUAGCAAUCCUGAACCAGAAACUACGGAGAUGAUGAAAGUUUCCUUAGAGGCUGUAGCAGCCUCUUCCCAGAUUGCUUACGAGUAUUGUACAUCAGAGCUUCUUCGCAGAGAAGAAUGUGGUGAGAAGCUCAGGCGCAUCAAGCUAUGGAAGACGGCGCUUCGUAGUGGCUGUCAGAGACUUGGAAAGAUAUGUAUGAAGGAAGACGUCUACUCCAAGUACAGAUCUAUCGAUGGUUCUUGUAACAAUUACAUGAAAGGAGAAAGAGGCCAGUCUUUCACUAUCUACGGAAGGCUCUUGUUUCCAGAAUACAUGGGAGGCGUCAGGGAUCCAAGAAGAUCAGUUACCAGACAAGUCUUGCCAUCCGCAAGAGAAGUCAGCGCAAAGUUGGAGCUUAACUCAAUUCCCGACCAGAUGAGGAGCUGGGCUGUCCUGUUUUGGGGUCAAUUUCUUGAGCACGAUAUGGCCCAUACGGCUAUGAGUAAAAUGAUUCACACUGGAAAACCCAUAGAAUGCUGUGAUCCAGAUGGAAGAGCCUUCAGUCCAAGAUACGAACACCCUUUCUGUAUGACCAUAAAAGUUCCUCCUAAUGAUCCUUACUACAGCGAAAGGGAUGUCACCUGCUUAUCCUACGUCAGAUCUGCACCAGCACUAGGUCCGGACUGUUCGAUGGGCCCUAUGGAACAAAUCAACCAAGCUACUCAUCUCAUAGAUGCCUCCCAGAUCUACGGUGUCACCAAGGCAAAAUCCGAUCACCUGCGUAACUUCACCAAAGGAUUGCUGUCCGUCACCCAUCUCACCAACUCUACCAUUCUCGAAAUCUCCAAGAACCCACAGUCAGACUGCCAACAGAGGAAGUUCAACGCUCCUUGCUACCAGUCAGGUGACAAGAGGGUGAAUACUGAUCCUCAUAUGACUGCCAUGUAUACCUUAUGGGUGAGGGAGCAUAACAGGAUAGCUGCUUAUUUGGCAGACAUGAAUUCUGGAUGGGAUGAUGAGACGGUAUUUCAAGAGGCUAGACGCAUCGUUAUUGCUGAGAUUCAGCACAUAACCUAUAAUGAGUGGAUACCGAGUAUUUUAGGAACAAGAAUAAAAACAGAAUACAGACCUGACAUAGAUCCAACUGUAAGCAACGAGUUUGCAACUGCUGCAAUUCGAGCAUUGAAUUCCGUUCCUAUUGGAAAACUAAGCUUGGCAGAUGAAGAAAAAAAGCACACUUACCUGCAUAAGAGCAUAGACUUGCUUUUAAGCGAAAUGUACAAAAACAAAUUUACUGGUAGACGACUUUAUUACAUCGGAAAACCAAGAGAAGUGACUUAUGGUGUGGAUAUUCUCAGUGUAGACAUCCAAAGAGGCAGAGAUCAUGGACUACCAACCUACAACGAUUACAGAUUGUACUGUGGACUCUCUGAAGCUGAAACCUUCGAUGAUCUGAGACCCAUUAUGUUACCCAAAGCUAUUGAAUCUCUGAAGAAGAGCUACAAAAGUGUGGAUGAUUUGGAUUUGAUCGUUGGUGGCUUGGCUGAAAAACCUGAAAGGGGUAUGUUUGGUCCAACACUUACUUGCGUGUUGAAGGAUCAGUUCGAGAGAACAAGAGGCUCCGAUAGAUAUUUCUACUCGAAUCCAGAUCAGCCAUCUCCUUUCAGUCAUUCUCAACUCAAGGAAAUCGAAAAAGUAACUCUGGCCCGUAUUAUCUGUGAUAAUAGUGAAAAAAUCGAGAAGAUUCCUCCUAAAGUAUUUGAAAUCGUCAGCAAAAGAAAUCCAGAACAAUCCUGCGAUUCCAAGCAUAUUCCAAGAUUAGAUCUACAAGCCUGGAAUAAUGAGAGAUACACCUACAAUCACGUUACUUCUUGAGAACAAUUGUUUCAAACCCUCCCAAAAGCAAAGAGGAAACGCCAAAGAUUGUGUUAUACUAGUGAUCGACGCAAAACUGUAUUAUAUACCUUAUAAUUUUAUGUUUAGCAUGUAAGUUUGUAUACGUUGUGAAUAAAGUUUUAAAUCUUC